AUGGCGACCACUAGGGUGACGCGCAGUGCCGCCAAGCGCAAAGCAGCAGACGCCAUUGCCAUUCCGCCAGCCAGCCAGCCGGUCAAGGCCACCAAACUGACGCACUAUGCUGAUGAUACUCUUCAAGCGAACCACUCGUCCAGCGCAACCUCUGAUGCAGGCGCAUCCAAGUCCCCGUCCCCGUCUCGCGCAGGAACAAAGCGGAAGCGGCCGAAGCACUCUACUGUGCGCCAGUCCAAGUCCAGAUCUGACGAGGUGAAGUCCGAUUCGAUUGCUGCGCCAACUUCUGCCGCGAGAGACGGCGCGGAUCAAAUCAGCAAUCACUCCGCCACACCGCCAUUCAACACCAAGAACAUCUCUUCCGAAGCCGAAACGCCUGAGACUGAGGGAGAACACCCCAAGCGUCUCCUCGGCCUACCCGUGGAACUUCAAGACAAGAUCUACGACCACUGCAUUGCAGACACGGAAGACGUCAAACUCAUGGUGGACAACAGGCCGCAAUGUCCCGCGACGGGCUCGCAUCCGCUCCGACGAGUCUGCAAGCAGAUCACGGACCGCUUCGACAAUCGUUUGGUCCUCGCGCACGGCACGAUCACUGCGGAGAUCCAGGACUUCGACUUCUCGGCUUUGAGAUGCUACGUCCACCUCAUCGUGCAGCAGAAGGAUGGCAGGGCCAGCUUCAAGACGUUCACCGGAUCGCGCAAAUUGAUCGUCGUUCUCUCAGUAUCGCAGCAAUGGAGCGACCACCGGGAUCGUGCUGGCCUUGACAAGGAGUUGAAGUGGCUCGAGGACAAGACCCGGCAUGAUGAACACGACUUCAACAUCUUCUACAAGAUGGCCACUGUGGACGAUGUUGAGAAGACAAAGAACUUCAUCGGCUACAAAGAGACAGACAUGGAAGACAAGACAUCUGGCUGGGCACAGAUCAAGUGGGCCUUCCAUAUAGCGAAAGAACCGUCGGCGGACUCAUGUCCACGUCCACCGCCACCGGAGCAUGUUACACCAGGUUCCGCGCGAGUGCCAUCUUCAAGACACACCAACACAACCCUAACCAAUGAUGAGAUAGAUGUACAUUCUCAAACGCUACCACCCUAA